AUGGAGAAAGACCUAGACAGAGUAGUAGAAGAGAUAAUAUCUACACCGAAUGUGAAGGGUUGCCUGGUAGCUGACCACCAAGGCCUUUGCUUAGCUGCAAAAGGAACAGCCCAUGUUGACUCGGCAGGGAUUAUUGUCGCUGUAUCUGAACAGGCGUGUAAGAUAGAGCCUAAUCUAAAACCGCCCACUGUUUGUUUGGAGACGGAUAUGAAACAAUGUCUGAUUCAACGACACGGGACUAUUACGGGAGCAAUUUUCAAACAGAAAGAUUAG